UUGACUUGUCGCUAGAUGUGAGCACUGCGCCUUUAAAAACAAACUGCUCCCUGUUUUCAGUCCCAACGUUCGGCUCACGCUCCUACAGUUAUCCCACGGUUUGGUUCUCAACGGUAGACUAUUUUUAACAGUCAAUCCGUCGCAAAAUUGUCCGCAUAUCAGCUAUUUUAACCGCUUUAAAGUACUUUUCUCGACGGCGUACGGAGGCGUAAAGUUUUGAAUGAAGGUCCCCUGCUGGGACUGUAAAGCGGGGAGGAGGAGGGGGCAGUUUGCGGGGUCGUCCGGGCUAUCGGAUCUGAGAUCUGCUGCUCACAUUUAUAACCAGACAGACGGCGGUUUGUUCGGGGCAGAGCUGAGUUAGAAGGACGGACAAGAUAUUCACCGAGGAGGAGGCUAAGCCGGGUUUCAGACUUUUAACUUUUAACGGACGACUAAAAGGGACGAGAAAGUUGGAAACAACGGAGACAAACUUUGACAAAGUUUCAGCUGUCUCCUGUCAAGACUGCGAGCUGCUGGACUGUAAGCUAAUAAUUCACCUUGGAAGUAUCACUCUUUUACAGACUGUUGUGAUUUAACGUUUUUAGCAUUUCUGUCAAGCUAGUGACUUGUAACUUAACUUUUGUUGGAGCAGACACACUCACACAAUAUCUUCAAAAUGGAUAAAUACGAAGAUUUAGGACUAGAGGCAAGUAAGUUUAUCGAGGACUUAAACAUGUACGAAGCAUCCAGAGAUGGUUUAUUUCGAACGAGGAGGGAUGCGGGAAAUAACCCCGACUUUGAGGAGACGAGAAAGGUUUUUGCCUCUAAAAUGACCAAAAUACACAUGCAGAAACACCAAGAGGAGAUGGCAAGAAACAACCAGGCCAUAAAAAUGAAUGGGGGUCACAAUAGCACAUAUUACACCAAAGACAGGCCGCCCAUCAAUAGCUACAGACAGCCGGGUGAAGCGGCAGCGAAGCCCCCGAUACUCUCUGGCCCUGUGCCGGGCACCACGGCUGGGAAUCAGUACGCACAGUUUGACGGCCAGAAACACCACGCAGGCAUUCAGUCUGAGCUUCCAGUCGGCAGGGCAUAUGGCUACGGAAACAAUUACGAUAAUAAGGAGCGCUUAGAGCCACAUUCAUACCAGAACAACACCCCUACUCCCCCCAGCCCAGGAAACGCGUCUCAUAGUGCGCCCACACAUGCUCGUCACCCGGCCAGCCAGUCGGCUGCCUGGGCCCCAUCCAGAGAGAGCCAGCUUUCCCCAUCUUUGUCUGGGCCAGGGAGCAGCAGUACAUCUCAGCAACCGCCUCAGCGCCAGUCUGCACCUCCCACUACCAACAGUCUUCCAUCUCAGCAGAAUCAGGCUGUCACCCCAUCUGUAAACCGGAGUCCAACCUCCUCUGUUGGGUCAGCCACUGGAUGGGCUGGAGAGCCCUCUGGCUCACCAAAACCAGACCUCAUCCCCGCCCUGCCACUGAGUGCCUUCACAGGAGGAGCAGACUUCCACGUGCAGCAGACCUCCACACAGCCCGCAGCUCAUUAUGCACCACCUUCUUCGACUUCAAGACCCUCUGCCAGCGAGAAUGGUCCUGUGGCGGCUUCCUCUCCCCUGCCUGCACUUUCUGAAACACAUCAAUCCAAAGCCCAGGUCGCAUCCACCGUCAUCAACCCUGGCAAUAUCUCCAAAAGUUUCAACCAGGGUCACGGUCAGAGCCAAAUACCCACCUGUGGACAGGCCGUCUGUGGUGAAGCUGAGGUCCCAUCCUCCCCCAAGUCUGUCCAAAUACCCUGCCAGUCCCUCCUCACACAGCCUCCUGAACAGGGGCCUUCAGCAGCUGAAAUAAAAUUAGAAGCCCUCACAAAGCGACUGGAAAAAGAAAUGGAUGCCCAACCAAAGGCUGACUACUUUGGAACAACAAACCCUUUAGCAGAAAAAGGAGUCUGCAUUAAAUGUAACAAAGCAGUGUACGGAGCCAACCAGGCCUGCCAGGCCAUGGGUAGCCUCUACCAUGACAGCUGCUUCACCUGCAGUGCCUGCAGUCGAAGGCUGAGGGGGAAGGCUUUCUACUAUGUUGGAGGGAAGGUUUUCUGCGAAGAGGACUUUCUGUACUCUGGUUUCCAGCAGUCUGCGGACAAGUGCAACGCAUGUGGACAUCUGAUCAUGGACAUGAUCCUGCAGGCCCUCGGGAAGUCGUACCACCCCGGCUGUUUCCGCUGUGUCAUCUGUAAUGAGAGCCUUGAUGGAGUGCCCUUCACUGUGGACACUGAAAAUAAGAUCUACUGUGUCAAAGACUACCACAGGGUCCUUGCCCCUAAAUGUGCAGCCUGUAACCAGCCCAUCCUUCCCUCAGAGGGGUCUGAUGAAACCAUUCGAGUUGUGUCCAUGGACAAAGACUAUCACGUGGAAUGCUAUCACUGUGAGGACUGUAAGAUGGAGCUGAAUGACGAGGAGGGUCACCGCUGCUACCCUCUGAACGGCCACCUUCUCUGCCACUCCUGCCACCUGAAGCACAUCGAGCCCGGCGCCUCCAUCAGCGACCCCUCCUACUAAUACUAACGCAGGUGGAGGGAGACACCUGGUGGAUAUUUGGAGGAACUGCCAAAGAGUGAACGUUGGCAGCAGGAGAAGAUUUGUACAAUUCUUGUUGUAGAGGAUUGAUUGAUUUAAUGCAUCAGAUCAUACAAUGGUUUGACCAGAAUGUUACUGAAGUUUUCGUUAUGUGAGAGAAUAUCAUAAUUAACACCUAAAGAGGUUAUGACCCAAUAAUGAAGUACCGAAAUACACCAAAGCCCUAUUUGAAUGCAGAUAUACCUGCUGCAUACUGACUUUGCAGAAGUGUCGCCAUAUGAUUAUUUCGUGUAAAUAUUAGUCGCAUUGGCUGUGUAAAUAUCUUACUGUCCACCCAUCUUCAAUACUGUGUGCCUUCAACUUCACUUUCACACUUCUGCUGUGAAAUUAACAUUCAAAAUGAAUCUAUAAACCAUCUGUCCAGAGGUUCUUAUAGAAAUGUUCCUGAGAUGGUUUAUAAAAAAUAUGCAAAGUCCACUGUGGAAUGUGACACAAAUCACAGGUACCUAAUAUUUCAGUUUUCUAUUUUGAUAAUAAUGGUUCAGUCAGGAGUCUGAUCGAUAUACGAUAAAGAGGCUUCUCACAGAUGCUUGUGGAUGCAGGAAGGAGAACAGCAGUUUCUACAUGCAUAGAAUGUAUUUAUAUAUGAAUAAUGUACAAACUAAAGUAACAAAUCGAUGUCUCAGUGAUAUUUUUAAAAGUACACAGAAGAACAGUCAUUUCUUGCUUUUUCAUUUUUAACCAGUCACUGCUGUAGAGAAAGUGGUAAUUUUCCUCUCAGAGGUCACCAGUGGCCAUGUUGGGAAAUAGACAAGUACACAAACAUUCUGUGAAAAGCCUCCAUUAGUCGACCUGCACACAAAACCAGUAGUGUUCAUUUUCCAUAUGCAAAUACUGUUGCAAUAAAUUACAUCGAAUAAUAAUUUUCUAACACAACUAUCUCAUAGAAACAUUAUUAUCCUCUGUGUUAAUAUGCCUUUAUGUGCUUAGGGCAUAUCUUUUUACAGUCAUACAAAACAUUUUAUGACUUGUGUUACAUGUGACCAAGAAUGCUGAGGAUAGCCAGGUUUUAUUGUUCUGAAGUAAAAACAAACUGCAAUCUGUUGUAAGCACUUAGAGAUAGAUGUGUUUUCUAUGCACCUAUGAAGAGGUUGGUAUCAGGCCUUUAUAUCUAAUGUAUUUUGUUACAUUUGCAAAAAAGUGUAUAUUUUAAAAAGAUAUAUAUUGUAGGCCUAUAUUCAUUUACUUUUGUUUCAUUUUGAUUUUUGUGUAAAACCCUUUAAAUACUAAAUUGAUUUGCAGUGGGGAGUACAUUUUUGAUUGCCUACCUUUGCCAUCCAAACGUAUUUCAUGUCUUGUCUGGAGUUUACUAACUUAAUACUAAAGUUGCUUGUCAUUUGAGGACCUAAUUUCAUAGCCAGCUGUAGAUUAAGAUGAAGAACAAGCAUUUAACUAUGUUCUGUAUGAUUGUUGUAAAGAAGAUAUUUAAUAAAUGCAUUGCAAUAGGA